AUGAGCUGUAAGGCCAAGGCCAAGAUGAGGGGAAUCCUAAUCCUGGGGCUGCUGUUGGCUACUCCCAGCUGCCUUGGCUACUUUGAGGACCUGGUCAAGUGCUUCCAGGACCCCGAGUAUGAGUCCAUCCUUGUCACGGCGCAGAAGGGGCUCCACGCCUCCCCGCUGCCCAAGCGUGUGGUAAUAGUGGGAGCUGGCAUGUCAGGCCUGGCAGCUGCCAAGGCCCUACAAGAUGCUGGCCACCAGGUAACCAUCCUGGAAGCCAGCCACCACAUCGGGGGUCGAGUUGUCACAUACAGGAAUGAGGAGGAGGGCUGGUACUAUGAAUUGGGGCCCAUGCGAAUCCCAAAGUCCCACAGGCUAGUUCAUACCUACAUCAAGAAGCUUGGCCUGAAGAUGAACAAGUUCAUAGAAUAUGAUGGUAACACCUGGUACCUCAUCAACGGACAACGUUAUCGCACCAGGGAUGUCAAGGACAACCCAGAGCUCCUAGGCUACUCCACGAAACCAAUGGAGAAGGGCAAGGAUGCUACUAAUCUCUUCAACCAGUCCAUCACCAAGCUCAAACAAAAUCUGAAAAAUUUCAACUGCAGCCACCUGGUGUCCUUUUAUGAUUCCUACUCCACCAAGGCUUACUUGCUGAAAGAAGGGGCGCUGAGCCAAGGAGCGGUAAAGAUGAUCGGGACUGUGAUGAAUGAGGAUUCUGGAUACUACAAGUCCCUCCUAGAGUCCCUGCGGACAGACUUCAUCUUUUCCAAGAAGGACGAACCAGGAGGGCUGCCGGAAACCCAGCAAGGGGGCCUGGUGCCCACACACUCACCCCUGCCCUCCGCUCACCCCUGCAGCUUUUCUGAGAUCACUGGUGGCUUCGACCAGCUCCCCAGGGCCCUCAGCACCAGCCUGAAGCCUGGCACCAUCCACUUGGGCUCCAAGGUGGAGGCAGUGGUGAGGGACGGGCCUGAGGUCCAGGUUUCCUACCGGGCAGGUGAGCCCAGCUCCGCGAAGCACAACCUCACUGCGGACUUCGUCAUUAUCUCGGCCUCAGCCAAGGCCACGCGCCUCAUUACCUUUAAGCCACCGCUCUCUCCAGACAAGGUGGAAGCGCUCCGCGUGGUGCAUUACACCAGCGCCACCAAGGUGGUUCUGGCCUGUAAGGAGCCCUUCUGGGAGCGGGAGGGCAUCCGGGGUGGGGUGUCCGUCACCGACCGGCCCUCGCGCUUCAUCUACUACCCCAGCCACAGCCUCCCCAGCGGCAAGGGCGUCCUGCUGGCCUCCUACACCGUGGACGAUGACUCCCUCUUCUUCAUAUCCAUGACGCACGAGCAGGUGGAGGAUGUGGUCCUGGAGGACCUGGCGGCCGUGCACCAGAUACCCAAGGAUGAAUUGCGGCGCAUGUGCCCCUCCUCUGUGCUCAAGCGCUGGUCUCUGGACCCCCUCACCAUGGGCGCCUUCGCUGAGUUCACACCCUACCAGUUUACGGACUAUUCACUGCAGCUCUUCCAGCCUGAAGGCCGCAUCCACUUUGCAGGCGAGCACACCUCCAUGCCCCAUGCCUGGAUAGACACUGCUAUCAAGUCCGGCCUGCGGGCAGCCAGGAAUAUCCAGGCUGCCGUGGACGAGGAGGCCACCGCGAGGCAGAAGACCUUCACUCAUACCCAGAAUCAUUUCUCACCCUGA